AUUCCAAUCAAUCCUGUCAAUCAUAAUAAUUCAUGCAUGUGGUUGUCACAGUGACUACAACUUCCCGUGCUUGAAACGUAACGGUUGAAAGAUCUAACUUAAUAACACAAUCACUAUACCAUUAAGAAUGCGCAGACUGGAAUCAUUGAAGAUGGCCAAAUUCGAAAAACACACGAAAUACAUCCUUCUAAAGGAAUCGACUAAGUGGCAUAGUGGAGCUGGGUCGUUUCUUCCCGGUGAAAUCAUGGAAGAAUUGUCAGCUUUGCGCGUCGGAGCAAAAAUUUCUUUGCGCAAAGCACCCAUCGGAGAUGAAACACCUGAAUUUGAAAAUUUGCUUACAUGCCUCAUAUCCGAUGUUGGAAAGCUAACAGACAGCGAAGCUGAUUUACUGAUGGCUGUUGGAUUAGAAAAAAGGCUUUCUAUCUAUGUUGAAAACAGUCAUCAGUUGAAAUUUGGAAAAGAUUUGAAACUUGGAAGUGAGGUUUUAGUUCGUUUGGAAGAUGGGCAAAAUCAAUCUGCAGGAAUAGUUCGAUAUAAAGGACCGCAUUCUACACCCAAUACACACCCUGGUGUAUGGUUCAGAGUGGAACUAAAGAACCUUCCUGGAGCUUUACCGAUGGUUCCUUUGGAUAGAAUACAAAGGGCUGAUCAGGUGGACGAUUAUGAAGAAAUUGGUGCUCAGAAUCUUAUGGUUCCUUCGGAUAACACACAAGUUUUGGCGAAUGAAAUACGUAGCUAUCGUAGAAAAGUUUUAUAUAGAAGACGAAGUGUAGACUCAGACUCUUGUUAUAACUCAUCAUUCUACACAGAAGAAUCUACAAAUGAGGAUGGAGAACAGAUGGAUCAAGGAGAAGAAAAACACCCCUUCAAGUUAUCUUUACAAGAUUUAGAGAGCACUCCAUUUUACAUUGAAGGAAAAAAGAAACUAGAAGGAGAAGUGAAGACGAUAACAAAUAUUUCCAAAGAAUGCUUUGAAGUAACAGUAGAGGUGACAAAAAAGAGAUUUGCGAGAAAAAGUCAGCCUCAAUCAAUGAAAGUGACUUUUUGUCCGCGGAAGGAAAUGCUAAGCCUGGACGGGGCGGAUCAAGUGGCGGAUCCAGGAUUUUUCAAAGACAAACAAGAAACACGAAGUAAGCAGUACUAUAUUGAUGAGGAAGAAAUAGGUAGUACAUUCGAAUAUUUAGAUCAAGUACUCCUGAACGAACAACGCGAAUCUUACUUUAAUGGGCAACUGGAAGCAUAUCAACGAGAACUUGAAUUGGAAAGAAUCGAACAUGCAAAAACUGACAGUGACCUUAAGAGAGAACAUGAACAUCACGCAAUCACACAUGAUGAGCUCCAGUGGGAACUGCAGGCGCACUCAGUCACAAAAGAUAAACUCCAGGCGGAGACACAAGCACACGCAUCCACGCGAAAUCAGCUGAAAAUGGAACAACAAGCAUAUGCCUCCGCGAGGGAAGAACUCCGCAAACAGAAGAGGCAACAUAAAUUCAAUAGUGAUACGCACAUAGCGUUCAUCUACACCUAUUUUGACGACCUUAAAAACGAAAAACGAGACCAUGAACACACAAAAGAUGAGCUUCAAAUGGAACAGCAGGCACAUGAGAUUACACGACAAGAACUCCAACAAGAACGAGAAAUCAACUCUGUGUGGAUCCUCGAUAGAAGUGACAUUGAGAUGACCGAGGAGAUUGGUAAAGGUGCAUAUGGAACUGUAAUGAAAGGAAAGUUUCAAGGAACUGAUGUAGCUGUUAAACAAAUGCAUGGAAUUUUGUCAUCUGGGUUUUACAAGCGUCUCUUUAAACGUGAAAUGAACAUUGCCUCUCAGUGUCAUCAUCCCUGUCUUCUUCAGCUCAUCGGAGCUACAAGCGAUGAUCGAAGCCCACUUCUGGUGACAGAGCUGCUGGACACCAAUCUACGGUCGGUCUUAGAGGAAGAAGGUAGAUUACAACUUCCUCAGGUGAUCAUAAUCGCACUUGAUGUGGCAAAGGCUUUGAAUUAUCUCCACCUUAAGCAACCAGCUCCCAUAAUUCAUCGGGAUGUCACCAGCGCUAAUGUGUUGCUUUGGAAGCGAGAUGAUAUGUGGAGGGCUAAAGUUUCAGAUUACGGUGCGGCAAACUUCAUGCAAUACGCCUCGACUGCCUGUCCUGGUGCUGUGGUGUACUCUGCACCCGAAGCACAGACCUCAAGACAGUCACCAAAGAUCGAUGUUUACAGCUUUGGUGUACUGGUGUGUGAAAUGAGCAUUGGAGAAUUUCCCGUUCCACCUGAGCGCGAAAGACAAGUUUCCAAGGUCUCCAACCACGACUUGCAUAUCCUGAUUAGGAACUGCUUGCGAAGAAAUCCAAACAAACGACCCUCUAUGACAGACAYAAUUCUUUACCUUGAUGAUCUGUGAUACAACAAUGUUCUCUGAUGGAAAUUGUUCAGUGAGAAAACAGAAGCUGUGGGCAUUGGAUAUGAAUGCUGCUGUAUAUAUAUAAUCAUUUGCCAUUUCUGACAAACUGCACAGUAUAUAUAUAUUCUUGCAUUUAUUUUUUCAUAUAUACACCGUAUUUUUGUGAAAUUUUCUAUCGAUACUUACCAUAUUUUUAUUGGUAAAAGAGAACUGGUGUGUAGUGUUCAUUUGCGAGUAUAAAAGGCCACUCAAUCGGCAUGCAACGCGUUUAUGGCUUAGAUUUUGCAGAAAAUAAGCGGACUUCAAAUAUUCGUUUACACUUCGUUUCCAUCCGUCGUUUUAAAUAUAGUUUACAACAUUCGCGGCCGUGUUGUAUGGGAAUUACAAUCUCGAGCCACAGGCGAUAGCAAUUGUUAUUUUUGCAGGUUUUUGCAGCGCAGAGUUAUCCUGUAAGCAGUAUAAUUAAAGUUUUUUUACAAACCA